AUGCCUCCCGUUUUCUCUUGCAUGAAUGUGGCGCUGUCUUCACCUGUACAGCAAUUUGAGCACCAUGCUUCUCUUUUAGCGAAAAAAGGAAUCCAACCUCGACGACACUCUUACUGUCUGCAAUGCCGAGAAUUGAGAAAGUAUAUAAAUACCCUCAGGGGAUCCCACCACAGUAUCUCCUGCUUUCUUCACUACACUUCACUCACCUCGCCGACCAACUUCAACUUUCCGCCACUCUCCUCUUCUUUCAACUCUCCAAACCUCAACAAUGAACUCCACCGCUUUCGUUGCAGCCACGCCAGUCCUCGCCCGGGCCACCCCGGCACUCACGACUUCCUCCUUUUCGGCUCGCCGUCAGUUUGUCACUCCCCGGGCUCGUCGCGCUGCCGUCGUAACCAUGGUCGAUAACGACAACAAGAAGAUCCCGCAAGGCUUCACACUUUUCUCCGAGCAGAUCAACGGCCGCGCCGCCAUGUUCGGCUUCGUCCUCGCCGUCGCCACCGAGGCACUCACCGGGAAGGGUAUCAUCGGCCAGGUCAGCGCGCUCCUCGACGUCUCGGGCGUCGCCUCCGCUCUCGGACUCUAAGCCGGCCCCGCCACGUGCUCUGGAAGAUAGAUUGCUAUACAGUAGAAUCGCUUUUCACUUUGGUGCGGGCUAGUCUCAUGAUGCGGUCGAACAGAAUUUACACUGUUGUAAAUUAAACCUAUAGUACGU